AUGCAGCUUUUCAGUAUUUUUUUAUUGAUCGUUUGCGCUGUUUUCGUGGUUCAAGCUUGUCUCCCAUCGUCAUCACGGGGACAGGCGGGGCCGCCAGGACCGGAUGGAAGUGAUGGAGAGAAGGGAGAUGAAGGACCGCAAGGACCACCAGGACCUCGAGGAGAUCCUGGAGAUAUCGGACCGCGAGGAGAACCAGGACCAAAAGGAAUGCCUGGGUUGACAGGACAGCAGGGAGAGCGGGGCGAAAAGGGAGAAGUAGGGCCGGCCGGACCAAAAGGAGAACAAGGUUGA